UGGGGGAGAGAGAGGAGAGUGCGCGCGUGUGUGUGGGUCGGGCGGCGGGAGCCGGCCCGCGUCGCCUCGGGGGGCGCGGGUUCCCGGCCGUGCGCGUGUGCGGAGUGGGGGCCCCCCCGCGUCGGGGACCCCCUGAGCCGGCGCGGUCCUCCCGCUUCGAGGCCCCGGAGGGCCCCGGGAGCCUCGCAGACUAAUAGGGAUGCCAAAGGAAAAAUAUGAUCCUCCAGAUCCUCGCAGAAUUUAUACCAUCAUGUCAGCAGAGGAGGUAGCCAAUGGGAAAAAAUCUCACUGGGCAGAAUUAGAAAUCUCGGGUAGAGUGCGGAGCUUAAGUACAUCGCUGUGGUCAUUGACACACUUGACAGCACUGCACCUAAAUGACAAUAACCUUGCUCGCAUUCCACCUGAUAUUGCCAAGCUUCAUAAUCUGGUUUACCUGGACCUGUCAUCCAAUAAACUCAGAAGUUUACCAGCAGAACUAGGAAACAUGGUGUCUCUCAGGGAAUUGCUUUUAAAUGACAAUUAUUUACGGGUUUUGCCUUAUGAACUUGGCCGGCUCUUCCAGCUACAAACUCUAGGUUUAACAGGCAAUCCUUUAUCGCAGGAUAUUAUGAGCUUAUACCAGGACCCAGAUGGAACUCGAAAGCUACUGAACUUCAUGCUUGACAAUCUUGCAGUUCAUCCAGAGCAGCUUCCUCCGAGGCCAUGGAUUACAUUAAAAGAACGAGACCAAAUUCUGCCAUCAGCAUCAUUCACGGUUAUGUGUUACAAUGUGCUGUGUGAUAAAUAUGCCACCCGGCAGCUAUAUGGCUAUUGCCCAUCCUGGGCACUAAACUGGGAAUACAGGAAAAAGGGAAUUAUGGAAGAAAUUGUUAACUGGGAUGCAGAUAUCAUUAGUCUUCAGGAAGUGGAAACAGAGCAAUACUUUACUCUCUUUCUGCCAGCAUUGAAGGAUCGUGGAUAUGAUGGAUUUUUUUCCCCAAAGUCACGUGCCAAAAUCAUGUCUGAGCAGGAAAGAAAGCAUGUGGAUGGUUGUGCAAUAUUCUUCAAAACAGAAAAAUUUACAUUGGUGCAGAAGCAUACAGUGGAAUUCAACCAGGUAGCAAUGGCGAAUUCAGAUGGAUCCGAAGCAAUGCUGAACAGAGUGAUGACAAAAGAUAACAUUGGUGUUGCUGUGGUAUUAGAGGUCCACAAGGAACUCUUUGGAACAGGUAUGAAGCCUAUUCAUGCUGCAGACAAACAGCUGCUUAUAGUGGCAAAUGCUCAUAUGCAUUGGGACCCAGAGUAUUCUGAUGUGAAACUUAUUCAGACCAUGAUGUUUGUCUCAGAGGUUAAAAACAUUCUGGAGAAAGCCUCAAGUAGGCCUGGCAGCCCAACUGCAGAUCCCAAUUCCAUCCCGCUGGUGCUAUGUGCAGAUCUUAACUCUUUGCCAGAUUCAGGUGUUGUGGAAUAUUUAAGCAAUGGAGGAGUAGCUGACAACCAUAAAGACUUCAAGGAACUAAGGUACAAUGAGUGUCUUAUGAACUUCAGCUGUAGUGGAAAGAAUGGAAGCUCAGAAGGGAGAAUCACACAUGGCUUCCAACUUAAGAGCGCCUAUGAAAAUAACUUGAUGCCUUAUACCAAUUACACCUUUGAUUUCAAAGGUGUGAUUGACUACAUUUUCUAUUCCAAGACUCAUAUGAACGUGCUUGGUGUCCUGGGGCCUUUAGAUCCUCAAUGGCUGGUUGAGAACAACAUCACUGGGUGUCCACACCCUCACAUCCCUUCAGACCACUUCUCACUGUUAACACAACUUGAACUCCACCCUCCACUCCUGCCUCUUGUCAAUGGUGUUCACUUGCCUAAUCGGAGGUAGUGGAGUACAGCCCCGCAGAGACGGGGAUCUGUUGCUAUGGACCUGUACAGUUGUAAAUCAAAGUAUGUAGGAGUGAAGUAUGGCCAUCCUUAAGCUGCUUCUUCAGGUUCUUUUCACUGUGUGUUUGCUAUAAGACUUUGUAUAUUUUUGUGCAUACUGAUAUCAUUUGGCACUAGGGCUGGAACCAAAGUAUUACUGUUUCUCUCUAUCUAUCCAAAAGUUUAAUAUACUUUAAAAUUGGAUUUCUUUUCCUAUUAUAUUAGGAACCAACAUUCACAAUUGAUAAAUUACAAUCUGAGGUCCAACACCAGUGUUGUUCUGUAAAAACAAAUACAUUCCUUUGAAUGUUUUCAAAUACGUCAAUCAUUUUUGUAAAAGGUGAUUUCUACAAACUCCAAAUAGAAGAUUUUCAAUUGAAUGAUGGCAUGCCUUAUAGGAAAAACUUUUGAGUUUUCUGUUUUCUUUCAUAACAAGCUAAUUUUUGGCUCCCAAGUCAUUUGCACAUUAACAAAGCACUUAAAUUUGCUUGGUUUGUAUAUUAAAUAUGAUAUAGCCACUAGUCACAACAAGAUAAUUUGAGAAAUGAAAGAUAAUUGCACAACAUGCUUUAAAAAUCAAGCAUAGUAUGUGGCAGUUUGUUGGCCAAAUGCUGGUUGUUUUGUUUGAGGAAUCAUUCUUUUUUCUUGCCUUUUAUUUAUAAUUUUUUUAGAAAUAUUAACUCUGAGCCCAUCUCUUCAGUUCAUUUAUAAGGAAAUAGCAGAUUAUACUGCCAUACAUCUUUAAAGUAGAUUUGGUAUUUUUAGAAUGCCCAAAAAAUUAAUGUCUGCUAUUUUUCAUUUUCUUUGUCCACCCUUCUUUUCUGUCUGGUUGUACUGAGAGAGAAAAAAAAAAAAAAAAUACAAAAAAAAAAAAAAAAAAAAAAAACAUGAUUCAUAUCAUCUUUACUACAGUUUAAUGUUUAAAGAAAAUUGCUGAAUGAAAAGCCCCUGGUCAAAGUUUCGAAAAGGGAAAGCCAUAUAAUAUUACAUAUGUUUUCCAAAGUAAGUAAAAUGGCUAUUUGUUUGUUGUUUUGUUUUGUUUCAAGUUAACAGUAGAGAAGAUUUUAAGGAGAGGACAGAUGGGGAAAGUAGUUGUAAACCUUAAAUCAUUUUCUUCUGACUCUAGCUGCCAAAUGGCCAUCAUAUGCUUUUAAUAUUUGUUGCCAUUCUGUCUAGAUUUGAAUUAAGCUACUGUUUUAUUCCCAAAGUUUGAUGCCUCUAGAUGUAUUGGAACCACCACCACCCCUAUUGUUGGCCAGGAGGGGCCACUUGAAAAUCUCACUUAUGAGGCAGAUGAGCAUAAAUACUAUUGUGGGGAGAAAAUUAGUUGGCUGACUGAUGUUAAUUAUGGCACAGUAACAUUGGAAAAGGUUGUGUCUGUGUUUUUAAGUUUUUCUUUAUUCUGCUUUUUUGCUGCUAUAAGAGUUUUCUGAAAUUUAUAUUUUAAACUUUUCAUGCACUUUACUGUUUCUAGUAUCAAAAUGUGAUAUUUUUAAUAAACAAGAAAUUUUCCAUUAUGUGAUGAAAUUCUAAAAGAAAAUAGCCUAUAUUUGUGUCUCACUAAUAUAUAAAGUACAAGUUAAAUUUAAAUUAUUUAAUUAGUUUUAAAAAUAUACAAAUUGUUUCCUCUUUCAAACCUGACAUCUUAGGCUGUUUUAUUAGUCUUAAAUGAUACAUUUCCUGUGGUCAUUUUAUACUAAUUUCUUCCAUAGUUUACUGAUCAGGCUAUAUAAAAUAAUAUUUCCCCAAAGGGUAAUUUUAGUGGGAUGAGGGUGGUGGGAUGAUGUAAUAUCACAAAGGAUUGCAUCCAGAAGAGGUCUUUAAAGCCUAAACUCCCUUUUAAAAGUGCCUAGUGACAGAGGCGUUGUCAUCUAUUGUAAUUGGAAUGUCUUGUAGUUCAGCAAAGUUUGAUGUAAAUAAAAUAUUCUUUUAAAAAUGUUAAAGUACCUGAAUAAACAAACAAGCAAAUUAAACCCUUGAUGACAGAUUUUCCUCAGUGUUCAGGUAUCCCUUCUUAUAUACCUCAAGCAUCCAACAUCUAGCCAUGCAAAUUGAUUACCUGAAGCGUAGUACUGGAAAGUAGAAUAGCAUGAAAAACUUAAUUUUGUGGACAUUACCUUUUUUUUGUAAUCAGCUACUGUAUGUUUAGUUUUAGAACUUCUGUUUCAUAUGGGUUUUCUGCUCUGGAGGUAUAUGCACUGACAGAACAUUCUUCUUUCAUAGACGCAUGUUAAUUAGCAAUGUGAGCAAUAUUUCCUACCAUACUUCACUCCCGAUAUUUUUUGAGAUGUUUGUAUAAAAUGAAAUUUAAAGUUCACUUAUGAUUGUAUAUGAACCACAGAGGAGCCCAUUUAUUAAUACAAAUCUUUUUUAAUAGUUAAAUGUAGAGGGGAAAAUAAAAAAAUUGGGAAACAUUGUAAACAGCUUAAGUUUAUUUUGUGUAUGAUUGAGGCACUCUGUUGCAAGAAGGUGUGUAAUUGGGUCUCUCUGCUUCCAAAUGCACUCUUUCAAACCAUUCAUUAUCCUGUGUAUUUUAAUGUGGUUUUCGUAACUGUUGGUAGUAGCUUUGUUGAAGUAGGUGACUGUGUUUUGUUUUGGGUGGCACACACCUAGGGCAUGGUAUCUUAAAUUUCAUGUGCACGGUUUCCCUUUAGCCUCUUGCCCAAAUUUUACACACUGUUUUCCUCUGUUCCCUUUGUAAAAGGAGUGGUAUCUUGUUUUGAGCUGCCAGUUCAGAUGAUCAGAAAUGCUGCUGUCCUCAGCAUUGUCUUGUUAAAUGCAUGCCAUUUGGAACUUUGGCAGUGAGAAGCCCAAAGGACAGGUGAAUGACAUAGUAUAUAUUCAAUGAAAGUGAAAUAUAUAUGCUCAUAUACUUUCUAGUUCUCAGAAUAAGUUAAUAAGCUUUAUGCCAUUGGGCUGCUGCAUAUUUUAUCUGAUAAAAGAAAAUUUGGGCAUUUUUAGAAUAGUGCUAUGUAUUUUUUUAAAUGUUAAAUAUGAUUUCUAGUAAUUGUCUUAAGAACUGGAGUGUUAAGUUUAUUAAAAUGGUGUUGUCUGAAGAAGGGGAAACUGCACUGUUUGCCAUUCUAACAGUCAUCCAAGUGCAUGUCAAGUCACCCACUGUCAAGCGUCAGUAUCCUCCUCAUAGCUUUACACACUUUGAUGGGGAAUAUUGCAGCAUCCUCAGGACUGACAUCUGGAAAAGGCUCAAAUCACUUACUGCUCCUUGCUUGUUGACUUUGUUUUACAAUAUUGUGCCUGGUGUCAACUUUUAAGCAACAGCACUGCCUAAAAGCAAGCAGAGAACAGAAUCCCAGCACCAUUCUAUAGGCAACUUUUUAGAAUUCAGAUACAGUAAAUCUGUUCAAGAUUUAUGAUGUUUUAUGUAAAAAAUUUUUGUACAACAUAGCUGAAUAUUUUUGUUUGAUUUAUUUGAUGUAAGGCGUGUGAACAUUCAUUUGAAUCUCACAUGUUAAAGUCAGGUAUGGCACAAUGGGUUCUGAGACCAGCUUCCUCACCCCCUCCCAUUUGCCUUGUUCCAAUCUCUUUCUUUUCAAAUUAUGUUUCUGGUAUCCAUAGGCAGAUAUUUAAUUUUACUAAUAAGCAUCCUGUGUGAAUGUAUUUUAAAAGCCACUAUGUUUUAGUGUUAUAAUUUGUAGAAAUAUGAAACUUAUCCCCCCUUUUUGUCUUAAAGUCAUAAAUCACUGAGAAGGGAGAAAGUUGAAAACAAUCCAAGACUCAUAUCACUUGAAUCUGUGACUGAUUAUGUUAAAAUUGAGGGUGUGGCAAUUAAAUCUAGAACAUGGACAAAAUUGUGCUCCAUUUAAAAAUUCUGUCUCCUGAGUAUGUCUUGUCAAUUGAAAUUUUAAGUCUGUAUUGUAUUUUCAAGAAUUCAUAAAAAUUACAAAUACCACCUGUAUACUCAAUAGCAAAUAGCAAAGAGAAGGAAAAGCACAAAGGAAAAGAGACUGAGUAUGUUCAUUGAAGGAGCCAGGAGCAUAGAACUUCAUUUCUAACACAAGGCUAGAUUUCCUAGUAUUAAAAAUUGACUUCAUCCUAUACUGAUUUAAAAUUUCAUCUUUUAUUUUCUCAGUUGCUGGAAUAUUUUAGUAGUUUUGCAGAGUAUGCUAACUGGUUCAUAGCUUCAGUCACAGGAAAUGCACAUUGUAUUACAGCAAUGGUCCUGCAUCAGCAAAACUUCUUUGUCACAUGUUCAAAGUAACAAAUGUUUUGACUGAAAUGUGAGCUGUAAUGUUUGUAAAGUUUUUCUUCUCCUCUCCCCCCAUAAAACCCAAAGUAACACCUUUCUAGUGUGUUAAAGAUGUUUACCAACUUUCCAUUUAGUUUGUAUCAUAUUUGUAUGACUUUUGUCUGUUAGAAGUCGAUAAAUUAAGUAGAGAAGUUAGAGUUAUUUUUCUAAAUCAGGAACUUCAACUGAAGUUUUGAAUUUGUAGACAGAAGAGAACAUUUAUGUUUAUGAUUGCUCUGGAUGAUUUUAAUUCUGUAAUUGCACCAUGAUUUCCAAACUUAAAUUCAAACACAAGUAAAUGCUAGUACACCUUUAACCUGCUUAUUUACCAAAGUUUAAGGACAAACUUUAAGGAUGCUAAGAGCAUCUUUCAUAAUUUUCACUUAAAUGUUUCAAGAGAUAAAAGGAAACCCUUAAUGUGUUCUGAGCAAGAGCCACAGAAAGAAAGAGGAAAAUGGGAAGGGAAGACACUAUGUUCAGGAAGAUGAAAAGGAAGAGAAUGUGUACUUGUUUUAACUAAAUGCAUUCAUCUAAGUUUCUUAGUUAAAAGGCCUGUAGGAAGAAACAGAUUCCAGGGAAAUUUUUAUUAACAUAGUAGUUUCAGCAUAAGUUUGGUUAACUUGAUUUAUGCUAGACUUGGUUUAUUCUUGGAUCCAAAGGAGAAAGUGAAGUACUUUUUAGUUAAAUAAGCUAACUUUCAAAAAAUAUAAAUUAAGAGCAUGCCUAUUAAAUGUUGAUUUUUUUUUUUUAAUGAUGCAGCCUAUAAAAUUAGUAGCACUGAAUUGAAAUUAGAAGUGUGCCAUCAGAAACCAUGACUCCUGGCAUGAUUUCACCUUUCAAAAUAUUUCAGAAGGCAUAAUUUGGCACCUAUUAAUUGGUUAUUUUAUCAGCAGGUUUCCUGCAUUUGUUUAAUUUCUCUCUGUAUCUGUCACUUCAAAAAGCAUAGGAGUCAUGGUGGCAGCCCUCUGAAAAAAAUGAUCCUUUCUUGCUCAUUAUUUCAGAGUAUUGACAUAUUUUCUUAGCUAUCCCUUGUUCGGUGUACCACAUUUGUUUAAUUUGUAUGUAAUUACUUGAACUCAGAAUAUUGGCUCAGCAUUGGCGUGCCAAACAGUGGCUUUGCUUCUUACCAGACAAGACUUUUAAUGUCCUGCUACUGUUUCAGCUUUAAUGUGGUAAGUGUUGCAGUGUGUGGGUUGCUCUGUAUUCAGAAACUACUGUCCUUUCUCUGUGCUUAACUUGGUAAAAGUAUCUUCCCUUACCUCUGAAACUCUAGAGCGGUGCUCUGCUCACUUGGAGAGAGCAGGGGUUUGGAUGGCUGUUACUGCACACUGGAUCUAGACUUGUUCAGUGUCAUGUGAGUGGCAGAUUUCUUAAACACCAGCAGCACUGAAAAGUGCACUACGGGCAUUCACAGUUGUCCAAAUGCAAGCAGUUCUUUCGUCCAGAAGAAGCUGAGGAGUUGGGUUCAGUAGGAGUACUUGGAGUAUUUCAAGGAGGGCAAAUGAUUAACUUUGUUGUAUCUGAAGUGGGAUAGCACUUUUUAUUCUUUUUUUUUUUAAGAGAAAAAAAAAUACAUACCUUUUUUCUUUAAAAAGGCCAGGAUGUUUGACUAUAUUAACCAGAGAUUAAGUUGUAUCUAAUUUUCAACUGUAUAAGUGCCAAGUAAUUAUUCAAAGACUUUAGCAUUUGACUAGGGAAGGGAUAAUUUAUUUUGGUUUCCUGGCAUCAGGUUGACUAAUUUAUUCUUUUGCAUACACUUGAGUCAUUCUGUGGCCUGUAUAGUGUUUUUGUAACUAUCACAAUGGUCUAAAAAGUAAAGCACAUGAUCCUAAAACUAAGCAAGAUGUUUUAGUAAUCCCAGUGGAUGCUCGGUAAUUUCUAUUAAUACCACUCCAAGCAGAUUCUACUGUUUAAGUUGUGUAUUUAUUUUUACCUUAAGAAAAGGCCAAGCACUAAAUCAAUUGUAUUCUGAUAAUCAUUUUCAGUCUAAGCUUUUCCCUUUUUUUUUUUUUUUCAUAAUUAGAGGAUUUAAUGAAGUGCCAUGUAGUUGUAGCUACUAAUAAUGUUUGAUAGACUGGUUCUGUGAUACUCGAAACAUUUAACUCUUUCUUGUCAUCUCUGGAAAAGAUGGUUCUACUCUCAUUCUCUCUGAUAAAAUCACCAGCUGCUUUAUUUUUCUAUUUAUCAAAGAGUUGAUAAGGUCUGGAUCUUGACCGAACUGCUCAGCUGAGAUGUUUUCAUAGUAGACACUGUAGAAGAUGUGCGUGCAAAAGGACAUGGUUGGGUGGUGGUAUUCUUUUUCAUUAAUGUGAACACUGACUAAACAAAGCAGUCCUGCCUUUGAAACCUUGUGGCAGCUCAGAAGGGAGGUGCUUAAGAACCUUAACUACAUGUCAGAUGACAAAUACUUUUUUCCAUUCUGGAGAUUGGGUACUGCUCACACACGAUGUACAGGGCUAAAUAUAUGCUUGUUUCCUUGCACUUGUGUACUCUCCCCCUCUCUCUCCUCUCCUUUCCUGUAGGCAAUAAAUGGCCAUUUUGCAACCGCGUA